AUGACACUACACGUGUAUCCGUUGUCGCGCGACCGACCAGGGGACUUCAAAUUGAUGAGGGCAAUCGCCCGCGUACACUUGGCGGCAUGGAUGAUGAUUCCUCUCAUGCAGACGAUCAUGUACCAGCCAGAACUUGUAGGAACGACUAAGAAGGCAGGGUAUCUAGAAGGAGAUACCCACGCAUUGAGGACUGAGGAUGAGGUCAGGUUUGUGACCGUCAUUGAUGACUCACUCGCAUCGGAUGAGGACGAUGAGGACGAUGGCGAAGACGACACGGCGGCCGGGCACGGUGGAAAGCCGAAAGGACGUGUGAUCGCGGCGAUGAAAUACUAUCUUGUGCCAUCCACGGGUCCCCAUCCCGACACGGAUACUCGGAAGGAAAUUGACAAGCAAUCCAAAUCGGCCAAUUCUGACACAUCUUCUGCUGACACCCUCACAAAACCAAAUACCAGCCACAUGAACGAUGCUUUGAGCGAUUUAUUUGUUACGAAAUUGGUUGCUGCCAGACUAGAUGUGACCGCAAUCAUAGGGACACACAUCCUGAUCGACAACAUAUACACGGACCCUGCUCACCACCGGCGCGGGGCUGGAGCGAUGUUGAUGCGCGUGGCUACGCAGCAUGCGGAUGAGCUGGGCUGGCCAAGCAUGCUCGAAGCCAGUCCGCUCGGAAUGAAGCUCUAUGAGAGCGCAGGGUAUGAGAUCCUACCAGGGAAGGAUAUCUGGAUUGAUUUGAAACGUUGGGAGAAUGGUGGAGAUAGAGGAGUUGAAUACUCGGAAAAGAGGCUGGCAGAGGCUGGAGGGGAGCGGUCAAGUCAAGAUGGGUGGUAUGCUCAAAUGAUCAUGGUGCGGCCGGCAAAAAGCCUUGUCCAAUAA